GCCCCCGAUAUCUUCACUGCCUUGCCAGUCUUUGCGAGUGAAAUAUUUGCAGGCCAGCUAGAGAGUAUAUAUGUGUUUUUGGAAAUGUCACUGUUCUGGGCAAGUAUCCAUGGAAAUGGGAUUCGAAUGUCUGUACGCUACCUCUCUCUAUUUCAUCCGUAUUUGAAGCCACCGCAGGGCGUGCGUGGAACACAGUGUCUGGAGGUGAAACGACGAGGGGGAUGCUAUAUAUAAACCCCCGCCCCGAGAAUCUCGAAGCUCGGAGUCGAACAACUUCUCCAACAUGACAGCUGAUCUGGGAAGUCAUUCUUGGAUCGGGGCCGAAGCGUAUGAGCCUGGUUCUGAAUUCCACGAGCGAGCUACAGCGUUCCUUGCGGCGGUUAAGUGGGAUCUCCUCGCCUCAAUCUCUUCGCGCCUCCGGAACAGAAUCCCAUGCCAUGUUCACGCUCAGUUCUCUAUCGGCCACUUCAAUAUGAUCCGCCGCAUUGAGUUCGCCGACGGGGCCAGCUGGGUCGCGAGACUCAGGCUGCCCCCGCUCGAAGCGCUCUCUGGUGGUAACCGCGAGGUUGAUGCGGCCAACACUUUGAUGGUGGAAAUCGCCAGCAUGAAGUUCUUAAAGGCCAAAACCUCCACUCCUUUUCCAGAAGUCCAUUCAUGUUCCAGAAGUCCAUUCUUAUUGCGCGAUCCCGCGAACGAUGUGGGAGCGCCGUAUAUCCUCAUGGGUUAUAUGGACGGGACGGCCGCAGCAGAAUUGCUGGCGGCCAAGGAAUGCGAACUAGGCCUCUACGACACGCCAGACCAAGACCGUAAGUUUAGGAAGGACAUGGCUGCCAUACAGGCCACGCUGUCGUCGUUCGCGUUCGACCGCAUCGGAAGCCUCUACCAGGAUGAGCAUACGUCGGAGUUCUUCAUCGGCGCCGACAUCGAGACCAGCAAGGGGGGCCCUGGGCGUCGUCCAUCGACUACUGCGCCGACCUCGCGGACCACGCCCUCCGAGUGUGCGCGAGCAGCAGCGCGGCGCCCGACGUCCAGACGAGCCCCUCGUUCGCGGUUCCAGUCCCUCUUCAAGCACCUCAUUGCGCGAUACGCGGAGGAGAGCACCGAAGGUCCAUUCCGCCUCACGAACCGCGACUUCGGAGCCCACAACCUGCUUGUGAACAACGAUUUCGAGAUCGUCGGCGUGAUAGACCUGGACGGCGUCAUGGCGGCGCCCGUCGAGCUGGUCGCGCAGUAUCCGGUCCUGACGGGACUCGACCGCGAGCCGCCGGGGCACGUCGAGACCAAGCCGGCUGCCAUCAGCCGCAUCGCGAGGACGGGGCCGAGGCUGGAGGAAUACAGAGACUUGGUAGGUGUCGCCGGAGCCGAAAUAGUGGGAGGGGGAGAGGAGGCCCCCAAGGAAGAGGCAGCGAACGCGUCGCCGCCGCUGCCGCCGCCGCUCAUUGCGAGCCGCCUUUUUUCGGAUGCCCCGAGCAUAGUCCAGGGCGUUUUACAAUACCGAAGCCAUCAGAAAUUCGUCAAUGAUAAGUGGAUGGAAGGAUACCUGAGGCUCCUCCGC